CCCAAACCAACCACUUCGACUACUGGCAGCGCGCACCGCCUGAAAUUAUAGACUGAGCAUCAAGAAACAGCUCAGUCAACUGCGAAUCCACUUCUUUCCUCCUAAAUUUUUAUGCAAUCAGAGCCUUCCAACGCUUUCAAAACCGCUACACCCCCAAACGCUACUGCCGAUAACCACCCAACAACCUCCCAGCAUGGAAUUCGCGACGAUGAUCAGUCAGCCUCUCUGCCUCCUCACGAAAAGGAGCCGAGAGUGCCAUGGGCCGAUAUCUUUGGACGGAAUACAGGCUCCGCGUCGCUUUCACCGGAACGUGUCGCCGAAGGCAACGAAUCUACGCGACUGAGUCUUGCUUCGCCAUCCCCCCGCAACAGGAUCGCAGUAUAUGAGAAUGCUUUAGUUGAAUCACUAAGAAAGAGAAGCAAUGGCCCUUCCUUUGAGGUAAUCAAAAAGAACCGGAAUCCCGACGACAAGAAUUCCCCGAUCUCCCAUCUUCCCAACGAGAUCUUAACGCAUGCCCUUUCGCAUCUGACUCCUAACGAUCUGGCUGCCAUCUCUCUUGUUUCGCGUCGUUUCAAUGGCUUGGUCACGACUCCCCAUGCCUGGCGAGUUGCCUUCGCCCGCUACUUUCCAGGCCCAGAAACCCUCCUCGAACCAUCGAUUCAGCUUGCUAUCCACAAUAAUGGAGACAUCGUUCGCUCAGAGAGACGUUCGUUCACGAGGCUUACGGCACUUGCUUCUUGGCGCAGCGAAUACAUUCUGCGAACCAGGCUUCUGCGCUCUUUGACUAGAGGCAAGCCUGUUCAAGCACCACAAACCGCGUCUUCGGCGCGAUCUGGCCAGACACAGACUACACCACCUGUCGUCAUGUAUAACGCGCAGACCUUCACCACCGUGAACCACCUCCAUGCCACGUUUGGCACGGGACUGAACAAGCGAGUCCCGCGGUUUGUUCACGGAGCGGACGAUAUUGGUAUGGUUACCAGCAGCGACCCCACUACCGCCAAGGUAGAUUCUUGGGGGCAGGGCGAUCCCAACUUCUACGGCCAGUUUUCUGAACGCUUUCCCGGAGUAUCCGAAUGGGGCUUAGGUGCAGGGGAAGUGGUAGGAGUUCCCAACGUUAUGGACGUAUCCCAGCCCUAUGGUAUGGUUUACGGUCAAGGUUGCCCGGAAGGAUCUUGCUACUACCGAGCACUGGAUGAAAUGCGUGGCCGAUUCAUUGCAGAGCCUACUGAUUUCUUCAUGGCCGAGGCCGGGAUCCCAAGACUAGGUGUCGAUGGUGGUGCUAUCUGCUCUGCCUGGAUUGCUAAGUCACCAACCAUACCUUCUCUGUCGGAGGGGCUCAUCGGAAUCAUGAUGGGAUCCGCAGCCGGCGUUGUUACGGGUUGUAGCCUCGGUGCGGAUGGUCUACGUGGGAACCGUUUACAGCGCGGCGAGCUUACCGCCCGCUGGGUUCUUAGUCCCGGUGUGCCAAUUAUUGCGAUUGCUGUUGAUGAAAAUUACUCCCUCAAACGGCAUGCUCAACACCGUAUCUGGGCGGUUGCUCUCAACGCACUUGGUGAGGUCUUCUACCUAACCAAAUUCCCCACCCGUACCUCUGCCCCAAAGACAAACAUUGAUGAGUAUUCUGAGUACCAAGCCUGGCUCACAGGACGAAGUGUUUACUGGAAUCUAGUCGAACCUAGUAGGCGCACCGCACGCCCCGACCCAUACAAUGAUGAAGAAAUCGAUGGAAGUUACUCUCCACGGUCUUCCUGGGACGGUAUGUGCUUAAGCAAGGAACAGAUUGUUGCCGAAACGAAGGAGAUCCAAAAUUUCAUUCGGAAACAGCCUAAGAACUUCAACAGGGUUUGUCUAGGAUGGGACAUGCGAAGACGUCUUCAAGUCGACUUUGCUGGUGAUGAUGGAAACUACGCCGGCGAAGCCAUUGUGGUGUUUGAAUGUGGUAUUGAAGAGGGUGAUGUGGCUGAUAUCAAGCGCUUCACUCGAUGGAAGACUCGUGAAAAGGAGAGCAAUGGUUUUGUUUCGACUCCUUCUAUUCCUCCUCGCGGCUCUCUUUUUGGUGGCUCCAACACCCCAGACCCGAACCACGGACGGCCUGCGCAACGCACUCGGAGCUCAUCUUACAUGUCUUCUGCUAGCUCUCCCGAAAGGACCAAUCUGAUUGAAGAAUGGCGAUCCUCAAAGCUUUCUUUCGGCGGGCUAAGGUCUCUAGAGCUUACAGCAACCGCCCUUGACCAGUCUACGUUUGCUACUCUCACAAUGUCAGAGGACCCAGCUCUGGGAUUCUCGACAGUUUCAACUGCAUCUUCGCCAUAUGCUUCGCCAAUGUCAGUUGCAAGCCAGCCAUCAUCUCCCUCUGACAUUCCUGGUCAGAGAGCUCGUUUCAUGGCCGCUGGAACAAAGACUGGGAUCAUUCUGGUUUGGGAUGUCCGAUCUCCCGUCUCACGCAAUUCUGAGUUGAUCAAUUCCUUUGACCCAAUCCGGAUCAUCUAUACAGAAUCGCCAGAAAUAUCUUGCCUAGCUUUGACGGGUCUCUAUCUCGUCCAUGGAGGUAACGACGGUCUCGUGCAAGCGUGGGAUCCUUUGGCGUCGAGCAUGCAACCUAUCAGGACGUUAAAUUCCCGCUUCUCAUCCCGCGCUCGCAGGCGGCUUGUGCAGGCUCAAGCUUCUGUCCAAGGUGUUGGUAUCAACCUCUUUGCUGCUGGAGCCAUCUGUCUCGACCCAGAUCCUACUGUGCUUCGAGGAGCGGUAUCACUUGGCACACAAAUCCGUUUCUGGAGCUACAGCUCCUCGGCCGCAGAUCAAUACAAGAGUAGUAAAAGACGACUCCGUCGCUCCGAACGUGGAAGUAACAAUGGUGGCGAGCGUUUCCCCGGUACAGGCUCUGCUAAUCUAAAAGAUUACAUUGCCAAUGAGAGAUAUGAACUCGAGCGCGAAAAGCAGGAACGCCGUCGACAAGCAGAACGCAUGGCGGGGCGAUUUGGCGUCGAUCUUCUGGGAAGCGAAGAGGAGGCUCUAGCAUAUGCAGCUAUACUAUCUCAGGAGAGCCUGGAAAUGGAUGAGAAGCGUCGAAAAGAAAGCGAGAGUAGUAGUGCUUUAGGCAGCGACACAGUCACCACUGAGCCUAGUAUCCACAAUCAAUCUACCUCGCCGAAUAUAAAAGAUGAUGAAGAGCUCAACGCCGAAAUAGCUGAGGCUAUUCGUCUUAGUCUCCAAGACAGACCGGGGUCAGGCAUCUAUGGUUCCGAUAGUCCAGCACCCAGCUCGAUCUUCGAUAUUCCGAUCAAGUACGCCAAGGGUCGCAGGUCCUCACCCCCGUCUUCGAGAUUGAGAAACAGCCCUAAGAUGAAAGGGAAGCAGGAUGCGGAAUCGAGCAAGCAGACUGAGAUGUCGGGUCUGGAGUAUGCAUUACAGUUAAGUCUGGCGGAGGAGCAAUGCAAGAAAGAAGCGCAGGAGGACGAUUUCCCAGCCCUGAGUCCUAGCCCAGGCAGCCGGGCUGGCAGGAAGGGAAAAGGAAAGGCUGUCUAAUGGCGAAGUUGGGAUUGUGAGAAGUGGUGCACGCUGAGCGAUGUUGCUUUGGUCCGUGGGGGUUUCACUUGGUCUAUUGAAUUGCGUUUGUUCAAAUUGCCUUAUCCUGUCUUUAUCUUCUACUCUUUGGUUGGGGUGAUACAAGUGGAUGCUUAAUACCUUUUUUGGGGGGGGAAGGGAUUGUACUGCCCCUGGGAGCCGCCACGGCCGCCUUUUGGCACCACAAACUUGAUAGUUUCGUGGGUUGCACAGCUAUUGAAG